CCUUCGCCGUGGUUUUGCGCUUCCGUAAUCCUCUCCUGCUCCCUCCACUUCCAGUCCACCACACCACCACCACUACCCUCGCUUCCCCGCAAACCCUAGCCAAGGGAGGCGGUGGCCGGCGAUGGACGGCGACGGAGGCGGCGCUGCGGCUGGGGCCGCGGCCGUGCACCACCACACGCGCUCCCCCGAGGACGUCUUCCGCGACUUCCGCGCGCGCCGAGCCGGCAUCGUCAAGGCGCUCACCACGGAUGUGGAGAAGUUCUACCAGAUGUGCGACCCAGAGAAAGAGAACUUGUGCCUUUAUGGGUUGCCAAAUGAGACUUGGGAGGUCACUCUGCCAGCUGAGGAAGUACCUCCUGAACUUCCAGAACCAGCACUUGGGAUAAACUUUGCCCGUGAUGGAAUGAUCGAAAAAGAUUGGCUGUCUCUAGUUGCAGUUCAUAGUGAUGCGUGGCUACUGUCUGUUGCAUUCUACUUUGGAGCUCGCUUUGGAUUCGAUAAAGAUGCCAGGAGAAGGCUCUUCACCAUGAUUAAUAACCUGCCCACUGUUUAUGAACUUGUGACGGGGGUUGCUAAAAAGCAAUCAAAAGCCCCCAAUGGCAGCAGCAAAAGCAGCAAGUCUAACUCUAAACCAUCAAAACAGACCAACUCUAACAGCAAGCCCGCGAAGCCCGCUCACCCAAAAGAGGGUGAUGUCUGUGAGAAGUGGUUUCAUGGCAAGUGCGUCCGCAUCACCCCCGCCAAGGCAGAGCAUAUCAAGCAGUACAAGUGCCCCAGCUGCAGCAGCAAGCGGAGCCGGGAAUGACAAGGCCCUGGGACAGGUGUGCUCCCUGUUGACAGAAGUGUUUAGAAUCCUUAGGUAGCAGCGAAGCGGUGUGGGUUAAUCGCUUCGCCUGUUUAGUGGACCGGUGUGUACGCCGGCUAUUGUACUUGUUUCCUGGUGCGAUGCUGUUGUAAUGGACAUGGUGUUAGCUAGUUGUGAUGUGUCGUGUACUUGUGUUAGCAGGCUAACUGCUGUCAUCGUAGCGUGAGAUGAACUGCUGGAGUUUGGAAACUCGCAUGUUAAGUAAUUAUAAGUGCUGGGUUAGUGUGUA